AUGAAGCCGUUGCUCUGGAGGCUAGUAUCUGCGCUUGGGAAGCACUCCCUCGUCUGCGUGGCCACUUACAUUUUCCUGGUGGUUAUUUGCAAGGAUGACAUGAAGGUCCAAAAUAUUAUACUUCCCCAGCUUCUCCUUGCAGUGCACAACGCACUAUCCACGGAUUCUUAUAACAAAACCCACCCCGAUGCUAUUACGGCUCAACGAAGUCGUGCUCGUCGACACUUACAAAGCCAAGGAACAGGAUCUUGGUCCACUUAUCCAGGACUUGCUAUGUUCUUGGUGUAUAUGCUGCUUUCGAGCUUGAUAAAUCUCCCCGCCAAACUCUGGUUUCACGACGAGAGAAUCGAAUUUCCUGUCCGGAUCAUUUGGGGGAUUCUUCUGACGAAUUUGCAUACAGCCUGGGUUCACGUUGUCAUUUCGAAACCCAGCACGAAACCAUCCUGGCAGCGGAUUCUGGGCUGGCGAGAAUGGAUUGAAAUCCUCCCGGCUGCUUCUCUGGAUAUAAUCCUGCCGUCCCUUGUCUACCAUUUGGUCAAGAUACCGCUGGAACUUGUUUAUGACAGCCAUUUUUUCGGUACGAUAGGCGAUAUGGAAUCCACAGACUACAUCCAAAUAGUCUCCAUGCUGCCACUGGCCUUGGCAUAUCUGACCUCGCUUGCCACUCAGGCUAUAUACAUCAGAGUUGCAGCCUCAAUGCUCCCCAGCGAAGACGAGCCCCUUGUGCCCUUCGACCGCAGUUUCGGCGGCCAAGCCAGAAACAGCCAGACAUACAGUCUCCGUAUCAAGGAUGCUAGAACUGGGAAAGCGCAGAAUUCAAUUCGGUAUCUGAAUAUGGUCUGGGGAACGCUUGGGCGCGAGGUUAUCUGCUUGGCUGGCGCUGUCAUUGCCCUCGCUGCAGAGUUGGUUUUUUGGUCGCCGUGUACUGUAGUAGGGUUGGCCCAUUUGGCAUUUGCGCAAGCUUCUUAG